GGGGCUGGGAGGCGACAGGCGGCAGCAGCAUCCGUGGCCGGGGGAGGGCUGGAGCGGGGCCGGGUGUCAGGCCGGCCCAGGAUGGACUCGGGGGUGUCGGAACUAUUUGGGGGCUGCUGCCGGCCUAUGGGGGGCGGGAACGGCGGUACCCUGCGAGGCCGCGCGGGCAGCGGCUCCGGUAGCGGCGGAGGGUCUUCCAGGGGGAGGAAGAAGAAUGGGAGACACCGGGGGGGCAAGGCCAACAACCCGCCCUACCUGCCCCCGGAGGCAGAAGAUGGGAACAUAGAAUACAAGCUGAAACUAGUUAAUCCUUCCCAGUACCGCUUUGAACACCUAGUAACGCAGAUGAAGUGGCGACUACAAGAAGGCCGUGGUGAGGCAGUGUACCAGAUUGGUGUAGAGGACAACGGGCUGCUGGUAGGACUGUCAGAAGAGGAGAUGCGUGCCUCUCUCAAAACACUGCGGCGGAUGGCUGAGAAAGUAGGAGCUGACAUCACGGUGCUACGGGAGAGAGAAGUGGAUUAUGACAGUGAUAUUCCCAGGAAAAUAACAGAGGUCCUUGUCCGAAAGGUCCCAGAUAAUCAGCAGUUCCUAGAUCUGCGAGUGGCUGUGCUUGGGAAUGUGGAUUCAGGCAAGUCAACUCUGUUGGGUGUCUUGACUCAAGGAGAGCUAGAUAAUGGGCGAGGUAGAGCUCGUCUCAACCUCUUUCGGCACUUGCACGAGAUCCAAUCUGGGAGGACGUCCAGCAUCAGCUUUGAAAUUCUUGGCUUUAACAGCAAAGGAGAGGUGGUCAACUACAGUGAUUCGCGGACAGCUGAAGAGAUCUGUGAGAGCUCCUCUAAGAUGAUCACUUUCAUUGAUUUGGCUGGCCAUCACAAGUACCUUAAAACCACUAUCUUUGGGCUCACAAGUUACUGCCCCGAUUUUGCAAUGCUGGUGGUGAGCGCUAAUACGGGAAUUGCAGGUACAACACGAGAACAUCUCGGCUUGGCUAUGGCCCUCAAGGUCCCCUUCUUCAUUGUCAUUAGCAAAGUGGACUUGUGCUCGAAAGCCACUGUGGAGCGGACAGUGAAGCAGCUGGAGAGGAUCCUGAAGCAGCCUGGCUGUAACAAGCUCCCCUUGCUAGUAACAUCAGAUGACGAUGCUGUCACUGCAGCACAGCAAUUUGCACAGUCUCCCAACAUCACUCCUAUCUUCACCUUGUCCAGUGUUUCUGGAGAUAACCUGGAUCACCUGAAAGUUUUCCUCAACAUCCUCCCUCCUCUGACAAACAGCAAAGAACAGGAAGAACUUAUGCAGCAACUCACUGAGUUUCAGGUGGAUGAAAUCUAUACAGUACCAGAGGUGGGCACUGUUGUUGGAGGAACUCUGUCAAGUGGGAUAUGUAGAGAGGGAGAUAACUUGGUGGUUGGUCCAACCGAUGAUGGCAAGUUCCUCCAGCUGAAGGUGUGCAGCAUGCAGCGAAAUCGUUCGGCGUGCCGUGUGCUUCGGGCUGGGCAAGCUGCCACGCUGGCUCUUGGGCACUUUGACCGCUCACUGCUGCGCAAAGGUAUGGUGAUGGUCAGCCCAGAGAUGAAUCCCACCAUUUGCUCAGUGUUUGAAGCUGAAAUUGUUCUGCUCUUCCAUGCCACAACUUUCCGGAAGGGAUUUCAAGUAACGGUGCAUGUUGGCAAUGUGCGACAAACAGCAAUUGUGGAGAAGAUCCAUGGGAAGGAUAAGCUGCGUACAGGAGAAAAGGCUGUGGUAUGUUUCAGAUUCAUUAAACAUCCGGAAUAUUUGAAGAUAGGAGCCAAAUUGCUGUUCCGUGAAGGAGUUACCAAAGGUAUUGGACAUGUCACUUAUAUCCAAGCCAUCACCAUCGAAGAGAAUGGACUGGAUCAGGGCCUAAGUUCUGACCUGGUCACUUUCUGACUCACAAAAUCAGUGGGGUUUCCUGAUGUUAGCAAUAGGGGAAGGGAAGAAAGUCUCUCCCCACUGUCCAGAGCUGCUGCUGGCCAGUCAAUUCACAUGGACAAACCCCUUCUGCUCCUGCGGAGUCCAGAACUGCCGCUUGGAUUGAGUGCCCCUCCUGGAGCGAUUUAAGCAUGUUUGUUCAUCACCUGCUGCUUUCAUGUCCCUUCCCCGGAAUAGAUGAGAGCGGCUGCAUCUUUGCCUGGACCGGCAACUCCUGGUUCUGUUGACUUUUGUUGGGAAGUUACUGCCGGGUAGAGGGCAAAGCCAUUAGUGUGUUGGACUGCAGCUUGGGGAUUCCGCUUCCUGAGGCAGAAAUAGUGGACAUCCAUUGCCCACAGUCUCCAUUGUCCUGCUGCCUGAUUUUUACAGGCUGCCUGUGACAGAUGAAGAAGCUUCAGCUGAAAAGUUUGCAUUGCCCACAGUACAGCUCAGGAUAUUUCUGAUUACUUUUAAACUGUUUGUUGAUUUCAUUUUAAUCUAAUGGCUUAUCGGGCCUCCCCCUCCCUACUAUCGCUGUGUGCUGAUUUUUAACAGCUAAUUUCAUUGUGGGUUUUUUGUUUUUGCUUCUAGCGAAAAUGUGGGGUUGGGGGUGUGGGAGAAGAGGGACAUUUCCCUGAAAUAACCCUGACCUGAUGGAAACCACAGUCCCCAUCUCAUGCAGCAGGUACAAUCACAAACAUCUUAAGACAACUUAUUCCUGGGCAGAGUUGAGCAGCUACCCUAUAUAUAAUGUGGCUUCCUAGAGCAGAACUGCCCCCCCCCUUAGCUUUGACACUUCUCAGUACUUUGCUGGUGGUUUUCUGAGCCGCUGCUGUUCACCAUCGUGACUGAAAGAUCUGUACCGUCUGGCUUUCGUUAGUUCAAUAGCACCCCAAUCCAACUUUUUCCUUGGGAAACAUGCCUUACUUUCUCAAAGCCAAAGCAGUAAGCGUGGCUUGGUUAUCCCGGAAAGAUUUGACGUGUUGCUACACUUACUAUUACUACAACUAUCAACACUGCCUACUGCAGCAGUUUGUCUUUCUUGCUGGUAUGCACCACAGAAAACCAUACAAUACCUAAGAUUUCAAUCAGUCCACUCAAAGCUAUAGUUAAUGCCUAGAGUUUGCAAUAGUGUAAGGCAGUCAAACAUUGUGGGAUAUUUUAAACAUUUUGGUAGGAAAUUAUAUUUUAAAAGUCAGCAAUACAUUUCUUGUUUUUGCCUAUCCCCAUCUUAGCCACUGCUGCACUGAGUGUUCAGCUGCUACAGCCAACAUGGCCAGGGAAAACAUUUUAUUCACUUUAAAACGCACACCCUUCUGUUAGUUCACCUCAAUCCAACAGCUGUUUAUUUAAUGCAACUACUCUUUGAGAUUUAACUUAUAGCUGCGCGACCAUGCAGCCAGCUUUCAAGUUGAUGCUAAUCACCCUUUUAAUAGCACAAUGGACAGCUAACUAUAAAGUAGUAGUAAACAUGGCCCAAAGCAUCAUGGUUAUUUGCUGAUUAAAUUGGUUUCUCUCUCAAUUGCCCUUUAAUCAUUUGAAUUGGUUCUACAAGAGGCAUUUUUGGAUCGCUUGUUUUAGAAAAGACGAAGAAAAUUGGCUGCCUAAUGCACUCCUCUAGAGGGUUUGCUGUAGCCCAUUGCCACUACAUACUUGUCUUGUGGGAGGAAUAGGUGCUUUUCCUGCAAUUAACAGUUUUGGCAGAGUUAACCCCAUUGCAGACAAACAUUCAAAGGUGCUCUUUCUGGUUGUCUUUUCCUUGCCUUCUGUUGUGUGAGUGUUCUCGGUGCCAUGCUUUUCAUAUUCACUGUUUGUGGAUUCUUUAAAAAUCAGAGAGGUGUUUUCAUCUCUCUUUAUAUAUAGAUAUAUAAUGUAUAAAAUAAAGAUGUUUUAUUGAAAAGAAUUGUGCUGUACGGCUGAACA